UUGCCCCGGCGGUCCAUGCAUCCGCCGCCGGCCGCGAUGGAUUUCAGUCACAACAGCCUGUUCGGCUACAUGGAGGACCUGCAGGAGCUCACCAUCAUCGAGAGGCCGGUCCGCCGGAGCCUCAAGACACCAGAAGAAAUAGAAAGAUUGACGGUUGAUGAAGACCUGAGUGAUAUGGACAGGGCUGUUUAUCUGCUCAGUUCUGGUCAAGAUAUCCAAGGAACAAGCGUGAUUGCAAAUCUUCCGGUUUUGAUGCGACAGAAUCCCAGUGAGACGCUCCGGCGAGUCUUGCCAAAAGUCAGGGAAGUCCUGCAUGUGGCGAGUGUGGAAAUGCAGUUGACUGCUGCGGUGUCAUUUUUGAACAUUCUGCAGGAGGAUUCGGUGUCCGUCUCCACUUAUGCCCACUCCUUCCUGCAAGUGAUUCUCCUGCACCUGGAGCACAGGGACAUAGGCGUCAGCAAUGCAUGGCUGGAGACCCUUCUGUCUGCGGUAGAGGUGCUGCCAAGAGAGACCCUAAGGCAUGAGAUUUUGAAUCCACUUGUUUCCAAGGCACAACUUUCCCAAACUGUCCAGUCUCGCUUAGUUAAUUGUAAAAUUUUAGGAAAAUUAACCAACAAAUUUGAUGCCCAUAGUAUCAAGAGAGAAAUACUUCCUCUAGUAAAAUCACUCUGUCAAGAUGUAGAGUAUGAAGUUAGAUCCUGUAUGUGUCGGCAGCUAGAAAAUAUAGCUCAGGGCAUUGGGGCAGAACUUACAAAAAGUGUGGUGCUCCCAGAACUCAUAGAACUCUCCAGGGAUGAGAGCACCAGUGUGCGGCUCGCAGCUUUCGAAACCCUGGUAAAUCUGCUUGCCAUGUUUGACGCAGAUGACAGAAGUCAAACUAUACUUCCCUUAGUGAAAUCAUUUUGUGAAAAAUCUUUCAAAGCAGAUGAAUCAAUUCUUAUUUCUUUAUCUUUCCAUUUAGGAAAACUGUGUCAUGGACUAUAUGGAAUUUUUACUCCAGAUCAACAUUUGAGAUUUUUGGAGUUUUAUAAGAAACUUUGUACAUUGGGUUUGCAACAAGAAAAUGGACACAAUGAGAACCAGAUCCCACCACCAAUCCUAGAGCAGGAGAAGAAAUACACUUCAGUACGAAAGAACUGUGCCUAUAACUUUCCAGCCAUGGUUGUUUUUGUUGAUCCUAAAAACUUCCACAUGGAACUCUAUUCUACCUUCUUCUGCCUUUGUCAUGACCCUGAAGUACCAGUCAGAUACACUAUUGCUAUUUGCUUUUAUGAAGUGUCUAAACUUCUGAAUUCUGGAGUAUAUUUAAUACACAAAGAACUAAUAACAUUAUUACAAGAUGAAUCGCUGGAGGUACUAGAUGCUCUUAUAGAUCAUCUUCCAGAAAUCUUGGAACUUAUGGCUACUGGUGGAGAAAGCAGUGUUCAAGAAAAUAAGUUGUCCUCUCUGUCUGACUUGAUUCCAGCACUCACAGCUGCGGAGCAACGAGCCGCAGCCUCUCUGAAGUGGAGAACCCACGAGAAGCUGCUGCAGAAAUACGCCUGUCUGCCUCACGUCAUGUCAAGCGAUCAGAUAUAUUACCAUUUUUUACAAAGAAUAUUUACUAUCAUGAUGACCAAUAAUGUCUUACCUGUCCAAAGAGCAGCUUCACGAACGCUCUGCAUUUUUCUACGAUAUAAUCGUAAACAAGAACAGAGGCAUGAGGUCAUUCAAAAAUUAAUUGAACAGCUGGGCCAAGGAAAAAGUUAUUGGAAUAGACUUAGAUUUUUGGAUACCUGUGAAUUUAUCAUAGAGAUCUUUUCCAAAUCAUUUUUCUGCAAAUAUUUCUUUCUACCUGUUAUUGAACUCACCCAUGAUCCAGUGGCAAAUGUGAGAAUGAAACUUUGCUACCUGUUACCCAAAGUGAAAUCAACUCUGAAGAUUCCCACAGACAAGCAUCUCCUCCAGCAGUUAGAGAUGUGUGUGAGAAAACUCCUGUGUCAAGAAAAAGAUAAAGAUGUCCUGGCAAUUGUAAAGAGAACUGUAUUAGAGUUGGACAGAAUGGAAAUGUCUAUGGAUGCUUUUCAGAAAAAGUAUUAUGAAAAAGAUUUGUUGGAUCAAGAGAAAGAAAGAGAAGAACUACUGUUUUUGGAAAUGGAGCAACUAGAGAAGGAGAAGCAUCAGAACGAUGGGAGGGCCUCGAGUGAUAAAAUCUUUGAGAAGAAACGCAGAGAUAUGAAGACACCAACACAGAGCCUCCCCAAGAGCAUCCCCAUUUCUGUUGCUGGACCCUCUUCUAGCACCCCAUCCACAAGCAAAGAAAUCAAGAAAUCCAAGUUGAUUCGAAGCCAGUCUUUUAAUAGUCAAGCUUUCCAUGCAAAAUAUGGCAACUUAGACAAAUGUGCUAGUAAGAGCUCUGCGGCAGGACACUCACCAACUGUCUCAGGGCUGGUGAAGACUGCUGUGCUUUCACUGACUGAUGACUCAUUCCGGACUCGCAGUGCCAGCAGCGCUCCAGCUUCCUUCUCGCCGCCCUUACCGAGCACUUCCCGCGGGGCAGGCAACAGCGCGGACGUGAAGAGCAGCAGCGGGAAAGAUGUGCAGCCCCGGAAGGCCACCUUAAAAUCCAGAAAACCCAACCCCUAGAUGAACUGCUUGCUAAGGGUGCAUGGCAGAGACAGCCAAAGCGGAUGUGCUUGAUGGACUGGAGCUCAACAAUGGCUGAGGCAUUGGUAGUUUUUUUUUUUUUCCAAUGAAUGGGAAAAGAGGCAUAGUUACAGCUGGUGUUAAACCUACCACAUUUGGAAUUAGAUUUCACUAGGAAGUAGAUACAUGUUUCAUAAACAAUAAUGUGGUUACAGAAUUCCAGUGUUAGAGUGUGUGCUUCCUGUGCAGAAGAGCCGAGCUUGCCUGUGUGGGAACCUGCGGUGUCAGUGUCUGGAGCCUCAGCGGCUCGAUCGUGUGUCAUAGUCUGAGAGCAAGGACAAGGGGAAGGAAGACGCUCAUUUUCUCACAGCUCUCUCAGCCCAGCUGAAAAGUCACUGAGCAGCUGUCUGCUGUUCUAUCAGUCCUGCAAUCUGAGGACAGUAUGUGGUACCUGGACGCCCCCAAAUUUAGAUUUGGCAAUGAAGAUCCUUCAAAGAUUUCUAAUAACUUUGAGUUACAAAUACCUUCAAAAUGAUAGAGUGAUGAUUUCCUUAAUUUCCUAGAGGAAUUUCUUUUAUAAAUACUUUGUUUACAUUUUAGAUUGCAUCUGUCCUUACUUAAUGUCACAUGAUGAAUCUAGUUUGAAUCAGCUGUGUUCCAAGCUAUCCUGCUAAUGCUGCGUCCACAGCCAUCACUUGUCUCCUGCUAGUACUGCCAUCAGAGUUUGCCUGGGGAGCGCAGCGUCCGUAGUUACAUGUCACCUCUGGAGAUGCGCUGUCCUCAGCUUCACCGUCUCAUAGAGUGUCUCAUAGGUCAGCAUAUCACGAUGUUGAAAGUAGAAAAUGCUUGUUUUUUUUAAAAAAAUGUACCAAUGUAUGAUAAAGAUGAUCUAGUUUGUGAAUGCAUGCGCGUGUGUGGUUACUUUUUAUAAUGUGAAAUGGAUGAUGAAUUUGGUCAAAAUAAAACAUAGGUUAAUGAGA